CGGUGGCCAGCCGACGACGACGGACGAAGAUGGGCAAUCAGUUGUGCGGGUGCUGCCGAUCGGGUCCACCGCUGGACGAAGACUUGAAUGGUCUCUUGACUCCAAGGAAGGAAUAUGUUCCUCCGACAACGUGCACGGUGCAGCGGACGGUGCUCAAGGUCACGCACCCCACCACUCCACGGAAGACUGGACUAAAGGAACGGUAUCCACAAGAAAGCACAUCGAAAGUCGAAGAACCCCGCGAAGAAGAAGCUGCGACUACUUUGACCACCGCCGCCCGUGCCGAAGAUGUCCGUGCGCGGACUCCGAAACACAAACACAUCCAUCAUCGCCACCCCCAUGCUGGAAGCAGCGUUACGUCGGCCGAGGAGGGAGCCCACGACGGAAGCAACCACCACGAACGCCAUCAACGUACACGAUCGCAUCAGGACUCGGACGGCGGCGGGUCGGCGCGGUCUGUACACUCGAGCAACCAUUCGUUGGACUCGCCGUCGAACGCUUCCGCCGACGACGACGAGUGGACGACGGCCGUGUCACCGAGUUCCAAGAAAAAAUCAAAACGUAAGGCCAAGUACGGUCGCGCCAACUACCGCGCCGACUCCGCCAAGCGAAACGCUGAUUAA